GUAUUCACGACAUUUUUCUUUCCUCUGCAUAUGUCACAAAGGCCAAACACUCCCCACUUUUCCUCUAUAGCUUUUGGCCUCCAUUCCAAUUUCUUGGUCUCCAGUGAACUGAACUCUAAUACCAAUUGGUCUUCUUGAUUCUUGUUCUAGUUUCCUAUUUUUCAUUCUUUAAAGAAGAAUUGAUCAAAUUCUUCAAAUUUUUUGUUAAAUCGACAUGGGUUUUAAGGGAUUUUUUGAAGGAGGAAUUGCUUCCAUUGUUGCAGGAUGCAGUACACAUCCUCUUGAUCUGAUUAAGGUCCGAAUGCAACUCCAGGGUGAAGCUCCCGCGCCGCCGCAGGCAGCUUUUCAGACUCUCCGCCCUGCUUUGGCUUUUCACACCACCACCGGCCAUGUCCAUCCCCAUAUGGGCCACAUCAGCCUCCCUCCACCUCCACCACCACGAGUGGGGCUUGUGUCUGUUGGGAUGAAAAUUAUUCAGCAAGACGGUGUUGCCGCUCUGUUCUCCGGCGUCUCCGCCACCGUCCUCCGCCAGUCACUCUACUCCACCACCAGAAUGGGCCUCUACGAAAUCCUCAAACAAAAAUGGACGGACCCCAAUUCAAAAAAUAUGCCGCUAAUGAAAAAAAUCUCGGCGGGUCUCAUAGCCGGCGGUGUUGGCGCCGCCGUAGGGAACCCAGCCGACGUAGCAAUGGUACGAAUGCAAGCCGACGGCCGGCUCCCUCUCGCGCAGCGCCGCAACUACAAAAGCGUGUUAGACGCCAUAUCCCAAAUGGCUAAGAACGAAGGCGUGGCUAGCCUUUGGCGCGGCUCGUCUCUCACCGUAAACCGCGCCAUGCUCGUCACAGCUUCGCAGCUGGCUUCAUACGAUCAAUUCAAAGAAAUUAUACUCGAAAAGGGAUUAAUGAAAGAUGGGCUGGGAACACAUAUCACCGCCAGUUUCGCCGCAGGGUUCGUGGCGGCUGUGGCGUCGAAUCCGGUGGACGUGAUAAAGACUAGGGUAAUGAACAUGAAAGUGGAGCCAGGGAUGGUCCCACCAUACAGUGGGGCCAUUGAUUGUGCAAUGAAAACUAUUAGAGCAGAGGGACCCACUUCCCUUUAUAAGGGGUUUAUUCCUACAAUCUCAAGGCAAGGUCCAUUUACGGUGGUGCUCUUUGUCACGCUGGAACAAGUUCGAAAAUUGCUUAAAGAAUUUUGAUUAUUUUGAUGAUGACGACGAAGAAUUAAAAGAAUAUUUGUUUUUAGUAAUUGAUUUCGAUUUUGAUAUAGGAAGUUGUUAGAAGAUGCUAUCUGAUAUUAUAUGUAAUUUUUUCUUCUUUCUACUUGUACUAUUGAAUGGUUCAAUUUUGGCCAAGAAUUUUCGUCAAAUGAAAUGCAUUUGUGCUGUGGUAAAGUA